AUGGCUAAGAAACUCAUGCCUGGUCAGUCAGUAAGGACCCAUGUCAUUGAAAUGAUUUAUUUGUUCAAUCAAAUGGACGUCCUUGGGAAACCGUUCGAUGAUGACUCCGAGCAUGAUAUAAUCUUGUUGUCACUUCACGAUGGUUUUGAUAUAGUUAGACUCACUCAUACUGAUGAGGGCUCGACUGUGACAUUAGUCUACCUUUUACUCAACCAUGCUGAGGAGUACCUAAAGAGGAGACAAAGCAAAUGCUUCUAUUGUGGUGAUUGGCUUCGCCAUACACUAGGGUGUCCCCAUUAUACACCAGUGAAAACAGAAGGUAAAGAGUUACUUGAUGUUUUUGUUGUAGAAAUUAAUCUUACUUCAUCUUCCACUUGGGUAUUCGAUACCGGUUGUGGUGCUCUCAUCGUUAAUAACGUGCAGGGCCUUAGAGGAAGUAAGAAGUUAGAAAAAGGGGAAGUAAUGCUUCGAGUAGGAAAUGGAGCAAAAGUUACUGCACUUGCUAUUGGAAGUUAUCACUUGAGACUUCCCACUGGACUCAUUUUGGUGCUUAGUAACUGUUAUUAUGUACCAACAAUUACUAAAAACAUUAUUUCAGUUCCUGUUUUAAUUAUGAAAUUUAGAUAUGUUUACUUAAUGAAUCAGAAGUUGGAAGCCUUUGAAAAGUUCAAAGAAUUCCAGAAUCAAUUAACUCCUCCAGGGACGCCACAGUUAAAUUGGGUGUCAGAAAGGAGGAAUAGGACCUUACUAGAUAUGGUUCGGUCCAUGAUGAGCUUUACUGAUCUUCACAUAUCCUUCUGGGGAUAUGCAUUAGGAGCAGCUGUAAACACACUGAACUGA